AAUAUAAAAGAUAUAGAUACAAAGAUAUAAAUAUAUUGAAGCAUAAUUUUUAAUAUUAAUAUCAUGUUACAAAAAUUAUAAUUUGUUUUUGUAAUAUUUACGAUAUCUUCUAUAUUCUUUGCCUUUAUUGAGGUAUUAUAUGUAAUUCCAAGAUCUGAAUUUUACAAAUAAAUUAACGUUAAAAUCAUUAUUUUAUUUAUCAAUAAUAAAUUUACUUUAACAAACAUUUACCUUGUUCUAUUAUAAUUGAAUUAUACAUAUUACUUGUACACAGAGCUAUCCAUAAUCCAAAUCCCCAGAGAAACAAGAUAUUCCACGAUAUAUAAUGCGAUCUUUUUUGCUUAAAUAACUUUAAGUAACGACAAUACAUUGCACAAAUAAUAGUACUUAAGAAUAUCUACUUUUUUUGUUAGUAGAUGAUUGUCUACUACCAUUAUUUUGCAUUGUGUGCGUUACUUUUGUCUAAUUCGUUGUUAUUCGAAAGAGUAUUGUAAUAUCGGCUCAAAAUAAAUUUUGUAAAUGUACAUCAGUAAUAAAUUGAGAGAUUACAUAAAUAAAAAAAGACAAUCUAUGCAAAAUGGAUGCUCAACAAUUUCAUAUCUAUCAUAUACUAUAUCAUUUAUUUAAAUGUCAGUAAUUUAGAAUCUACAUAAAAGAAAUAAAUUAUUAUGACAAUUAAUUCUAAAAUAUUAAUUAAAAUUUGGGAUGCACAAUAUUUCAACGCGACUUAAUACUCUCAAUAGACAGCUCAUCAUUAUUUCUGAACUACAAAAAAUGGAAGAAGAAUAUAAUGUGUAUCCUUAUACAACAUGUAAAAAAUGUGCUAUACCCAAUUACUUCGGCAAAUGUUGUUAUUGUGCUCAAAAAAUUUUAUAUUUGAAAGAAAAAUUAAACAUGUACAAUUGUACUGAUGAAUGUACAUAUGACACUCGUAAAAAAAGAAUAGUAUGCACUCCAGAAAAAUGUAAAACACGCAGAAAGUUACAUUUUUACAAAAAUACUUCAUCAAUUGAAGAUUUCAAAGAUGAAGUUAAAGAUGAUAAAAUAAAAAAUAAUACAAAUGAUAAAAUAAAAGAUACAUUUACUAAAGAAUUGAAAGAAUUAGAAAAACCGAAGUUGAUUGAAUUAGAGAAACCUAAGUUGAUUGAGCCAGAGAAACCUAAGUUGAUUGAGCCAGAGAAACCUAAGUUGAUUGAGCCAGAGAAACCUAAGUUGAUUGAACCAGAGAAACCUAAGUUGAUUGAGCUAGAAAAACCUGAAUUAAUUGAAUUAGAGAAAAAAGAUAAACCUAAUAAAAUAACUCCACAUAAAGAGUUAGAGAAUGAAAACAAAUCUGAUCAAAUAACUCCACAGUUUUAUAAAGUACAAGAUGAAAUAAUUGAUACAUUUGAAGAGAAAAGCGAACAAACUGUUCCUACAAAAGAUAAUACUUCUAUAACUUUAAACACAGAUAUACAAACUGAAAUAAUAGAACAAGAGGAAAUAGAUGAAAAUUCUGUAAAUGAAUUAGGAGAAAUUAAUAAUAUUGUAGAUGUUUGUGCAAAAGAUAAAAAAAUAUUUGAGAGAAUUCAAAAGGAUCUCUUAAGUGAAAAAAAACAAACUGAAGAACUUGAAAAAAAAUUAAAAUCUUUGACUUGUAAUAUAAAUUGUUUAAAAGAGGAUAGUGAACAAAGAGCAGCUUGCUUAAAAGAUGCAUUACAAACGGCUGAAGAACAACGAAAAAUUGCAAUGGAUUUAGUGAAGCAAUCAAAAAUUCAAAGAGAUUCAGAUAAAGAAGAUAAAACUGAAUUAUUAAAUGAAAUCACAAAAUUACAACAACAGAUUGUUGAAAUUACACACAAAAAUAAUGAUUUAUUGCAAGAACGGGACAUUUUAAUGAAUAAAUUGAAAUCUUUCUCAGAAGAUGAAUCUAAAAAGUGUGAGGAGGUUGAAAAAGAAGUGAACAAGAUGAAAUAUGUAGUCAAAGAAAAGGAAAAUGCUUUAAAUAAAGAGAGAUCAGAAUUCAUAAAUAUGAUUUUAGAACUCACAAAUAUAAUAAAUAUACAGAAAAGAAGGAUAUGUAAAGUAACUGGUAUAUGUAAUGAACAACAAAAUAACAUACAUGAGAAAGAUAAAAAAUUAUCUCAAAAAGAUAUUGAGUUAGCAGAGAUAAAAACAGUAUUGCACUCAAAUAAUUCUACUUUUAAAGAAAUGGAUGACAAAAUAAAACAUUUGCAACAUUGUUUAUGUGAAGAAAGACAAACUUGUGAUUGUUUAAAACAGGAAUUAGAAACUAGCAAAGAAAAUCAUUUGUCUGAAUUGAGAAUAAAAGAAAAAAUGAUAGAUGAUCAAAAUAAAACAAUAUCAAAACAGAAAAAGUUAUUGCAUGAUAGUGAAGAAAUAGUUCAACAAGUUGCUUCUGAAUUUAAUGAACUUAAAGAUGAAUUACAUAAAGAAAAACAAAAGAAUGAAUCUUUGCAAAUAACAUUAGAUCAGAAUGAUAGUAAAUUAAGCAUUUUAUCACAAUGUGAACAAUGUAAAAAACUUACAGCAGAAAUAGAUUAUUUGAAAAAAGAAAAACAAAAAGCAAUUGCUAUUGCAAAAUGUGCUUAUCAAAAGUUACAUCAAAAUAUAAAAGAAUAUCAAAAGAAGCUUAUUUGUGAAAGAAAACAGCACAGAUAUAUGCAAUUGAUUAUUGAAAGAAAACAACAUGAAAUAGGAUGUUUAAGAAAUCAAAUGUGUCACAAUAAUAUGAAAAUUAUUUAAAAAUAAAUAGUUAAUGUAGUAUACACACAAUUAAAUUUAGUUGUAAUUAUGUUGAAAGUUUUUAAAAUAUUCAAUAUAAUUAUAUAUAAAUGAAUACUUGAUAGUAUUUAUGUAUUUCAUAAUAUAUAUAUUCUAUUUUUGACAACUUACAUAUAAAGCAUAAAUAUGGACUUACAUUGUAAAUAUGUACAAUAUACGAUGUUGAAUCAACAUUGUUAAUUAUCUAAAUUUUAAUUUAGAUAUUCUUACUCUAAUCUCAAGGAACAAUAAUUUAACGUUUCUCUUAUACCAAUCAAUGUUAUAAUUUAAAUGCAUGCGCCAAUUUUUAUCUAAAAAUUCUUUAUAAAAUAUUGACAUAUCAUCUGCCGUAAUCGAUGUUUUUCCUUGAGCUUUAAGAGUUUCUUGAAAUUGUCUGCGUUCCUAUGACAUGAAUAAUAAACAAAAUUUGAAAUAUUUUCAAUUAACAUUUCAUAUUAAUUAUAUAAAAUAAUGUUAUACCUCAAUGAAAUUGUUAUUAUGUUCCCGCCAAAAAUUUUGAUUCCAAAUCUGUGUAUCUUCCCUAGCUUCUCUAAAUUUCUUUUCUAAUUUACUUUCAUUUUCAGAUUUCGCGAAAAUAAUAGGUCUUAAAUUUGAAACUGGAUCAGGCGGUCCAAUUAAGUCAACUUGUGCAGGACUUUUUAGGUUAGAAGAUACCUUCUAAAUAAAAUAAAAAUAACGAAUGAAAAUAAAAUAUACAAUAAUUUAAAUGUUGAUAUUGAACAAGAAACUUACAACGCUAAACAAUCGGAAUAUAUUAUUAUUAUAUUUUAGUUUGAUAUAAUUAUAUAUUCGAAUCAUUUUAGAAGUUCAUAUAUGUUUUACGAGGUUAUAUUUAUGUCAAUCAUGUUUCGUUUUCAUUCAAUAAUCUUACUCUUACGCAAUCUUACCUUAAAAUCACAUUAAUAUAAUACGUGAAAAAAUCGAGAAAUACAAAUAUAAUCCUUACUCAACAAUCUUUUAUUUAUAUAUAACAUAAGCUCUUUAUAAAUAUAAUCUAAUAAAUCUAAUAAUUCCAUUAUUUCAUUUCUAUAUAAAUAAGAUUC